GCCCCAAGAUGGCGUCCAAGGAAAUAAAAGGUUUGCUGAAAAAUGCCCGGGAAUCCAUACGCAAUAAAGAAUUUAAAGACGCACUUAAGCAUUGUAAGGGUGUACUUAAGCUAGACAAAGCCAACUAUAAUGCCUUGGUAUUUAUUGGAGUUUGUGCAAAAGAGAUGAAUCAACCUGACCAAGCCCAGGCAGCUUAUAAGAGAGCUAUAGAAACUGAUGACAGUCAGUUGUUAGCUUGGCAGGGACUUGCAUCAUUAUAUGAAAGAGAGGCUGAUAAUGAAGACUUUCAAGCAAACUUACCAGAGGUUUACAGAAAGAUGAUAGACUUAUAUCAAAGGAAUGACAAGGAUAAGGUCAAGGAAUUCAGUCUAAAGCUUGCAGACCUUUUCUGUCAGCAAGGAAAGCAUUUUGAGGCUGUGAAAACUCUGGAGGAAACUGUUAAAAACUGUGGUAAUUCUCAAGAAAACUAUGAAGUGUAUUUAAAGAUGGAAGCUAUCCUUCAAGAGAAGGAAUCAGGAGAUUUAAAGGUUUUAAUGAAGCUUUCAAAUGUCUAUAAAACCCUGGUGCAUACUGAAUGGACAUUCACUGGCCAAGAUAAAAUGCUGGCUCACUAUACAAGUUACAUCAAAGUCCUUUAUGAAAUAAUGGAACAUAAUUAUGAUACGUCAUCAAAGCAACAGCUAAUUGAUGAAUGCAAAGCGAUGAGCGUCAUGUUUCCAAGUGCUGUUUAUCCACUGGAUGUUCUUGGUAAAAUAUACCUUGCUUCUACACCAACAAUAAGCUCUAAUACUGAGGUUCCUGAUGUUUUUGAAACACUCUGCAGUCUCGAUCCUUGUUCUGACAUUGGGAAAAUAGGCCUUGGUUGGGAUUUGUUGGUCAAGCAUAAUUAUGAAGAUUCUAUGUUACUUCUACAGCAAGGUUUAGAGGGAUACAGUGAAUGUCCAACUGGAUGGCUUUACCUCAGCCAUGUGCACUGCCACUUUCAUGACUACAUCAGUGCUGAGAAGUGUUUAUUAAAAGGACUGGGAAGCUUGGAUGUGAUCAAAGCGAAAGAUUUGAGAAGUGUCAUCAGUUAUAAAUUGAGACUCAACCUUGGCAAGUGUCUGUGCAAGCAAGGCAGACAACAAGCAGAGAAAGCCAAGGAACUSUUGCUAGACCUUAUUUCUUUUGGUGGUGAUGACCCUGAAGUGCUAACCAGUUUAGGAGAAUCCUCGUUGAUACUAGAUGAUAUGAUAGAUGCAAGUGAGUAUUGUUCCAAAGCUUUAAACAUUGACAAGACUUACCAUGGUGCAUUAGCAUUACAGGGCAGAAUAAGCGCAAAAGAGGGUUUGUUCGAUGAUGCUGAAUUAAGGUUUCUCGAAGCCAUUGAGCUGUGUAGAGAUUGCCCAUUGUACUACUUCUUCCUUGGUCAAUUAUACUGGGACAUGACUGGUGAAUUCCGUACUGACAAAGAGAAGUGUUUGAUGCAUCUGUUAAAGGCAGCAAAACUUGACCCGAACUACCCUCCUACAUUUUUGUACCUUGGGCAUUACUAUCGYGAAGUUUUGACAGACAUCAAUAAGGCAUGCCGUUGCUAUCAGAAAGCAUUUGAUCUUGAUGACAAGAAUGAUGAAGCAGGCUGUUAUUUGGGAGACUUGCUUACCAAGCUUGAUAAAGAAGACGAUGCUUUAAAGCUCUUYAGUGAUGUUACCAGUAGAGCUCUUCCAGGGAAGGCCAAGUGGGCAUGGAUACGACUUGGGUUGUACUAUUUAAAAAAUGAUCACAGUAACGAGGCUAUCACGUGUUUUCAAAGUGCUCUGCGAGGCGACCCCAAGGACAGUCAAUGUUGGGAAUGUCUUGGUGAGUCCUAUAUGAGUCGUGGUAGCUUCACUGCAGCACUCAAAGCCUUCACCCGUUCUUCUGAGCUCGAAACCAGUUCGUUAUACAGUCUUUACCAAAUCGCUGCUAUCAAGCAGUCGCUGUGCGUUUAUCAAGAAGCUCUUGAGGAAUAUCAACUAAUUCUUGAUCGACAACCAGGAUAUGUCCCAGCUUUGAAAGGGUAUGGUGAGACACACCUCUGUCUCGCUCGUUCAGCUAUUAAAGAGGACUUCAACAAGCGUGCUGUUGAUCACGUGAACAAAGGGCUUGCCGCCCUGUCGAGAGCAGUUGAAUCAAGACCAAACAUGUCGUGUUUAUGGAAGUUGAUCGGUGAUUGCUGCGUUGUAGUGGAUCCUUUACCCGAUUACAUGGUCAGUGUSGAUCUCUCGGAAAUCCUGCAGAGUGCUGCUACUGGUGUUCCAAAUGAACCAACAGAAAAACGAAAAUUGCUUUCUUUAGCAACAAGUGCAUAUGGAAAGGCAUUGAAAUCACAACCCCAGUGUUCAAGUCUUUGGAACGAUCUUGGGCUGAGUUACUAUCUGCAGGCAAAGAUUGAAAAUGGGGAGCAACGGAAAAAAAUGUCAGAUCGAUGUUUGCAGGUGUUAAAGAAGGGCUUGUCACUCGAUCGAACCAAUCACACUCUAUGGAAUACUUUAGGGGUUGUUUGUGCCUCGCCAGUGGUAARCAAUCCUUAUCUGAGUCAACAUGCAUUCAUCAUGUCUAUCAAAGCUGAACCCAAUAAUCCAGUAGCCUGGACCAAUCUAGGGGUGUUGUACCUGAAGCAUAGCAAGAUAGAGGUAGAGGGAAGUAUUGGCUACGCCUACUGGGUGUGUUUAACAUCUGUAAAUUCUACUAAGAAUAACACCCCAAAACCUAGCCUGUCACACCUCCCUGACAACAAGAAAUUAGCUGUCACGCAAUCGUCCGUCGCUAUGACAAAAUAUACAGAUCGUAUCCUUAGUGUCGCAUCUGCCUUCAACCUUCAUGGUCUUUUACUUGAGCAUCAAUGUCUUUACAAACAAGCAGCACAAGCAUUCAAAAGCUCACUGAAUCUUUUGGAAAGCAAAAGUGCCGASCAAGACUUUCUCAAUAUUGUAAAUGUAAACCAUGCAAGAGUUUUAAGUUCUCUUGGAAAACACACAGAAGCGAUCGAGUCUUAUCAAAAAGUAGAGCCGCUGAAUCGAUUCCAUGAUAUUUGUGGGCUCGCCCUAUCUCUGUACAUGGCUGGUAAUCUUCCCGAAAGUUAUAGAGCUUACGAACAAGCACUACAAUUAGCAGAGUCACAAGAAGAUAAAUCAUGUCUUCUAACCGCGAUGGGCAUGCUGGGAUAUGCUGUUGAUGACCACGAUGGUGCUAAAGCAGUAUUGUUAAAGAGCUCCCAACUCAGCCCACCUUGUGAGCGCGGUCUAAUUGCUCUGUGUGCACUGGGACUAGUAAGAAAAGAAAUGACGUUGGCUGGCGCCGCUUUGAGUGAACUACUGAAACUUGAACAUAAAAAAAAAGAAGCAAUUUACUCGGAUAUCUGCUUCCUGUUUUCAAGGUUCUUUGUUAUUCAGGGAAAUCCUACCGUUGGACUGCGACAUAUCUUAAAAGCUGUGCACGAGCAUCCCGAUCGCGGUAAUCUGUGGGAACAGUGUACAUCCUUUAUGGUAGAGGUAUAUCCAGACGACCUUCAGGUUGCAUCACGAUGUGCUGAGUCAACCAGAAAGCUAAAGCGCCUCGGUGAUGAGGUCAAUGUGUCCUUGCAGCCUGCAACGUUAUUAGGGUCAGGUUGCGUACCUWCUACACGUAGUCAACAAAUUUUAACCGCGGAUCGAAGAACAGAAGAAGCUCUCAGGGCUGCRCAGAUAGCCGUGCGAGCUCACCCUGACCAUUUAGAAAGCUGGGGAGUUCUGUGUGCUUCACUAACUGCACGUGGUGUUGCCUUGAAAAAAGCGAAAAAAGGAAACGUGUUACCCGCGAUAGCUAUGGCGCUUUCUAACUUUACUAUGUUAAAUUGUAUAAAGGAAUUGAAAGAACUCGAAGCAAAAUCUAAAUUUCAGCUUAAAACUUUAACACUUUCACGAAAGAAUGAGUUGUUGGCGUUGCAAAAGUGGACAGCAGUACAUACGGGAUACUCAAUGAUGCACUGUGGAUUACUUAAUGACGCAUUCAAGCACUGUGACGAGGGCCUUUCRGAUUAUUCGGAUGAUCCUCAAACAUGCACCAACCUUCAUUUCUUAAAGGCUCAGAUUCAUUUUUGUACAGCGGUAUCAUCUAUGGAGGGAGCUUUGAAUCAUUUACAAACGUCAGUACUGUCUAGUCCAUAUCAUUCUCAUGUUGCUUGGCAGGUGUUGGCCGAAGUGCAUAUCAAACUGGGAUCUCCAAUGGCUGCUGAGCUCUGUUAUCGAAAAUGUCUCCAAGCUGGUAUCGAUAAAAGGUCUACCAGCUGGAAAAUCGUUCCUCUGCUGCGACUUGGUCUUCUAGCAUUAAAUCAGUCAAAGAUUGAAUYCACUGAACGUCAACACUGGCUCACACUUUGUCAGGAAGCAUCUACAGAAGUGCUUAAAAUAAACCCUGAUUGUGUGGCAGCCCGUCUUAUUCAAGGCAUCGGAUGUCAUUUACAAGGAAAUGCAAGGCAAGCUAAAAGGUUUCUGCAAAGUUCGGUUGACUCGUGUAGUAGUGCCUCYAGCAUUGCWCAGCACUGGCUUUCUCUCUCUACAAACAAGUGAAUUCCAAGCAGCAAAACAGCCAACUAUUUGAUAAAGUUAUGUCAUAUUAACCUKUGUGAGCACAAAAUUAUAUGUUAUUAAAAAAUUAAUAGUUCCUGAUGAA